AUCAGUCCGCCGCUGCCUCCUUCAGCAGCUCCAAACCCUCUUUACGCAGCAGCUGAGGACAGAUCCGAAACUUUGUACACUUCCAGGUCGCCUCUCUCCUCUGCUGCUUGCUCCUCGCCUCCUCCGCGUCUCCUCCCCCCCCCCCUCGCUCCCCAUGAAAAGCCCCAUCGUCGGCAACAGAGGACGCAUGGAGAUCUAAUUGUGCUUCACGUUGUUUUUUUUUGUUUUUUUCUUCUCCCCUCGAGUCUGUGGAGCUUUUGUUUUGUUUUGUUCUGUUUGUUGUUGUUUUUGUUGUCGCUGCUCCCUCGCUUCGUGUGCGUGGUCUGCUCAUGCGUCCGGGAAUGCCAUGGCCACUCCGAGCGCACAGCAGCAGCACCAGGAUUAUUUCAGAUCGGUGAGCAGCGAGUCCACCACCUACAUGAUGGUCCCGGCCGGCGGGCCGAGCGGGACGAGGCGCCGCGAGGCGCCGUCCAAGAUGUGGGUGGCGAUGGUGGUGAUCGUGGUGGUGGUGCUGCAGAUCGCGUCCACCACGGGGCUCUUCCUCUACCUGAACAUGUCCAUAUCGCAGGUGCGCAGUCAGGGAGUCACGGAGGAGCUGAAGUGCCUGAGUCUACUGAACGCUCUGGACAAGGACCAGGACAUCCCCGACCAGCUGGCCCAGCUCUUCGGAGAGCCCUGCAUCAAACUGGCCGAGGGCAUCAAAGCGUACAUCUCCAAGGUGACAGAAAACAUUAUCUCCAAACAAACCUUCAUAGAGGCCAGAACGAUGCCUCGCUCGUUCAACACCUCGGGGUCAAAGUUCACGACCUCGGUGGCCCAGAGGCCGUCGGCCCACUUGACCCUCAGAGACACGAGCUCUCAAGGGUUACCGCCCUACCCGAUCCCCACGCCGGGUCUCCACCAGUCCUGUCGCCACGUGGUGCGCACGUGGGCCAAUCAGAGCUUCGGAGCUCACCUGCACAACAUGACCCUGUCCAACGGGAGGCUGCGAGUGCCUCAGGACGGGCGGUACUACCUGUACUCACAGGUGUAUUUCCGCUACCCGUCCCCGGCGGCCAGCGACGGAGACCAGCGCAGCGUGAGCCACCAGCUGGUGCAGUGCGUCUACAAGAAGACCUCCUACCCGAGCCCCAUCCAGCUCCUGAAGGGGGUGGGCACCAAGUGCUGGGCUCCGGACGCCGAGUACGCCCUGCACUCCGUCUACCAGGGGGGGCUGUUCGAGCUGAGGGCCGGAGACGAGCUCUUCGUGUCCGUCUCGUCCCCGACGAUGGUCAACGCCGACGACUCCUCCAGCUACUUCGGCGCCUUCCGGCUGGACCUCUGAGAA